UUCAGGCCCUCGUUUGAGUUCACUUGACAAGUCCGAGACGCAACACACCACGGAAACCGAAAAAAAAAAAAAAAGAGACACGACUCGCAGCCGCAGCUCACCAAGCCGACACGUCUCCUCCUCCUCCCACCACUCUACCUGUGCCCAGCGCCCUCCCCCCCCCCAGCCCAUCAGUCUCUACAAGAAGAUCCGAGGAGAGGAGCCUAACAACACCUGUCACCUACUACUACACACAGCGACAGAGAGGAGCAGAGCCGCAAGAAGAGUCGAGUCAUGGCGGGGUCGUCGUCCCUCAGCACGCUCUCCCUCUGCACGCAGUCGCCAUCACCGUCACCGGUGGCGUCCGCCCGCCUCGUGGCACCGGCUGUCCUCGGUUUCGCCGGGGCCCCGCGGUUCCCGACGCUGCGGGCCGCGCCACGGCGGCUGACGGCGCGGGCGGUGGCCGGGGACGCCGAGGACGAGUGGGGGAAGGAGCCGGCGGCGGACCAGGGCGGUGCCGCCGCGGCGGUGGCCGAGGCGCCCGCGGAUGUGCCGGUGACGAGCGAGGUCGCGGAGCUCAAGGCGAAGCUGAAGGAGGCGCUGUACGGUACGGAGCGCGGCCUGCGCGCGUCCAGCGAGACGCGCGCGGAGGUGGUCGAGCUCAUCACGCAGCUCGAGGCCCGCAACCCCACGCCGGCGCCCACCGAGGCGCUCACCCUCCUCAACGGCAAGUGGAUCCUCGCGUACACCUCAUUUUCACAGCUAUUCCCACUAUUGGGGUCUGGUAGUUUGCCUCAGCUUGUCAAGGUGGAAGAAAUAUCACAAACUAUUGAUUCUGAGAACUUCACGGUUCAGAAUUGCAUCAAGUUUUCAGGACCUUUAGCAACAACUUCAGUGUCUACCAAUGCCAAAUUUGAAGUUCGAAGUCCCAAACGUGUACAGAUCAAAUUUGAUGAAGGCAUUAUCGGCACUCCACAAUUGACUGAUUCUAUUGUACUACCUGAGAAGUUUGAGUUAUUUGGGCAGAAUAUUGACCUGACCCCAUUGAAGGGCAUAUUUUCAUCAAUUGAAAAUGCAGCAUCCUCAGUUGCUAGAACCAUCUCUGGUCAACCUCCACUAAAGAUACCAAUUAGGACUGACAAUGCUGAGUCUUGGUUGCUCACAACCUACCUUGAUGAUGAGCUUAGAAUCUCCAGAGGUGAUGGCAGCAGCAUCUUUGUACUGUUUAAGGAAGGAAGCACCCUCCUAUAUUAAGCUUGGCAUGCCUAAUCUAGGGUAGAACUUGAUGCUGAAGCAACUCCAAGCAGUACUUGUGGCUAAAUUAUUUUUCAUAUUUAAGUUGGUGUGUUGUUAUUUGUGUUUGUAUAGUUCGGGCGUUUGGAUUAUGUGAAGUUUUGUGUAUGUGUAAUGUAUUCUUUGAUGUCCCUGAGCACCUGAGCUGCUAUACUAGUAUACAUGUUAUAUAUUGCAAAAGUUACACUGAAAUGUAAAAGGAAUAUGUGAAGCGCCCUUUCUGUAUUUCUUUCA